AUGACUACAAAAUGUUGGAAAAUAGACAAUUUGUGCGGUUUCACUCUUUCACAAAGCGUUUCGUUUGCCGGUAUUGUUACAUUGGUUAUCUCAUUCGUGGCGAUGGUCUGUGCUUUCAUCACCGUAAAAGAUAUUUCUCUCGAUAAUGAAUAUAACAACAGGCCGGUGCACGCGAUCAACAUGAUCUUCUCUCUCUACUGCUUCAGCAUAUCAAUGUACCAGAUUAUUAUAUCUGUCAUGUUAUUAUCGAAAAGAAGCCCGUUCCUGUGCUCUGUAUGGUUCGUGUCGCACUUGUCCAUCUUGACAUUGUACUGUUUUAUGUUUACCGCCAAAGUUAUUGUGAGUUACCAUGCUAAGCAGUACUUAAUAGUAACAUUGACUGUUCUGUCGGCUGUCAUUUAUGAAGGUGUAUUCAUUUUCUUUAUGUUCAUCGUCCAUAGGUAUGUAGCUACGAUGCAAUAA